CUCCAGCUCAUCCUUCUCUCUCCCUCUCUCUCUCCCUCUGUCGGGCGGAGUCGCCCACCACUGCCAAUCCAGUGCUGAGGGAACCUGCUCUAGGCUGUAGCUGCAGGACCCUGACCCCCUCCAUGGCUCCCCUGGCCUUGGUGGGGUUUGCACUCCUCCUGGGGACUCCCCCAUGCUCAGGGGCGGCCACCCCGACCCCCUCCCUGCCACCUCCCCCAGCCAACGACAGCGAUGCCAGCAGCAUGGGGGGCUGCCAGGGCUCCAACCGCUGCCAGCCAGGGGUCCUGCUGCCCGUUUGGGAGCCCGAUGACCCAUCGCUGGGAGACAAAGCCGCGCGGGCCGUGGUCUACUUUGUGGCCAUGGUCUACAUGUUCCUGGGUGUAUCCAUUAUUGCCGACCGCUUCAUGGCAUCCAUCGAGGUCAUCACGUCCAAGGAGAAAGAGAUCACCAUCACUAAGUCCAACGGCGAGACCAGCGUGGGCACCGUCCGCAUCUGGAAUGAGACUGUGUCCAAUCUCACACUCAUGGCCCUGGGCUCCUCGGCCCCUGAGAUCCUGCUGUCUGUUAUUGAGGUCUGCGGCCACAACUUCCAGGCGGGCGAGCUGGGCCCGGGCACCAUCGUGGGCAGCGCUGCCUUCAACAUGUUUGUGGUCAUUGCCGUGUGCAUCUACGUCAUCCCAGCUGGUGAGAGCCGCAAGAUCAAGCACCUGAGAGUCUUCUUUGUCACCGCUUCUUGGAGUAUCUUCGCCUACGUCUGGCUUUAUCUCAUCCUUGCCGUCUUUUCCCCGGGUGUGGUCCAGGUGUGGGAGGCGCUGCUGACCCUCGUCUUCUUCCCGGUGUGCGUGGUGUUCGCCUGGAUGGCCGACAAGCGGCUGCUCUUCUACAAGUACGUGUACAAGCGCUACCGCACCGACCCGCGCAGCGGCAUCAUCAUCGGCGCCGAGGGCGACCCCCCCAAGAGCAUCGAGCUGGACGGCACGUUCUUGGGCGCCGAGGCGCCGGGCGAGGUGGGCGGCCUGGGCCCGGGGCCCGCCGAGGCCCGCGAGCUGGACGCCAGCCGCCGCGAGGUCAUCCAGAUCCUCAAGGACCUCAAGCAGAAGCACCCGGACAAGGACCUGGAGCAGCUGGUGGGCAUCGCCAACUACUACGCGCUGCUGCACCAGCAGAAGAGCCGCGCCUUCUACCGCAUCCAGGCCACGCGGCUAAUGACGGGCGCGGGCAACGUGCUGCGGCGACACGCGGUGGACGCUUCGCGCAGGGCCACCCUGGCCGAGGGCCCCGGCGAGGACGAGGACGACGGCGCCAGCCGCAUCUUCUUUGAGCCCAGCCUCUACCACUGCCUGGAGAACUGCGGCUCCGUGCUGCUGUCCGUCACCUGCCAAGGCGGCGAGGGCAACAGCACCUUCUACGUGGACUACCGCACGGAGGACGGCUCCGCCAAGGCCGGCUCCGACUAUGAGUACAGCGAGGGCACGCUGGUGUUCAAGCCGGGCGAGACACAGAAGGAGCUGCGUAUCGGCAUCAUCGACGACGACAUCUUCGAGGAGGACGAGCACUUCUUCGUGCGGCUGCUGAACCUACGCGUGGGCGACGCGCAGGGCAUGUUCGAGCCCGACGGCGGCGGGCGGCCCAAGGGGCGGCUGGUGGCGCCGCUGCUGGCCACCGUCACCAUCCUGGACGACGACCACGCGGGCAUCUUCUCCUUCCAGGACCGCCUGCUGCACGUGAGCGAGUGCAUGGGCACCGUGGACGUGCGCGUCGUGCGCAGCUCGGGCGCGCGCGGCACCGUGCGCCUCCCCUACCGCACAGUGGACGGGACGGCGCGCGGCGGCGGCGUGCACUACGAGGACGCGUGCGGCGAGCUCGAGUUCGGCGACGACGAGACCAUGAAAACUCUUCAGGUGAAGAUAGUUGACGAUGAGGAAUAUGAGAAAAAGGAUAAUUUCUUCAUCGAGCUGGGCCAGCCACAGUGGCUUAAGCGAGGGAUUUCAGCUCUGCUACUCAAUCAAGGGGAUGGGGACAGGAAACUGACAGCUGAGGAGGAAGAGGCUCGGAGGAUAGCAGAAAUGGGCAAGCCAGUUCUUGGGGAAAACUGUCGACUGGAGGUCAUCAUUGAGGAGUCGUAUGAUUUUAAGAACACGGUGGAUAAACUCAUCAAGAAAACGAACUUGGCUUUGGUGAUUGGGACCCAUUCGUGGAGAGAGCAGUUUUUAGAGGCAAUUACGGUGAGCGCAGGGGACGAGGAGGAGGAGGAGGACGGGUCCCGGGAGGAGCGACUGCCGUCGUGCUUUGACUACGUCAUGCACUUCCUGACGGUGUUCUGGAAGGUUCUGUUCGCCUGCGUGCCCCCCACCGAGUACUGCCACGGCUGGGCCUGCUUCGGUGUCUGCAUCCUGGUCAUCGGGCUGCUCACCGCCCUCAUUGGGGACCUCGCCUCCCACUUCGGCUGCACCGUUGGCCUCAAGGACUCUGUCAACGCUGUCGUCUUCGUGGCCCUGGGCACCUCCAUCCCCGACACGUUCGCCAGCAAGGUGGCGGCGCUGCAGGACCAGUGCGCCGACGCAUCCAUCGGCAACGUGACGGGCUCCAACGCCGUGAACGUGUUCCUGGGCCUCGGCGUGGCCUGGUCGGUGGCCGCCGUGUACUGGGCGGUGCAGGGCCGGCCCUUCGAGGUGCGCACCGGCACGCUGGCUUUCUCCGUCACGCUCUUCACCGUCUUCGCCUUCGUGGGGAUCGCCGUGCUGCUGUACCGGCGCCGGCCGCACAUCGGCGGCGAGCUGGGCGGCCCGCGCGGCCCCAAGCUCGCCACCACCGCGCUCUUCCUGGGCCUCUGGUUCCUCUACAUCCUCUUCGCCAGCCUGGAGGCUUACUGCCACAUCCGGGGCUUCUAGGGUCCUCCCCAGGGACUCGGCCUGCCCCUCGAGACCACCGCCUCCGCGCUGGACUGGCUCUCCUUUGUCCUCCAGAGAUUUGUCCUCCAGCCUCCUCUCCUGGGCCUCGGCCUCCCUUCCUCCUGGGAAGCCAUCUCCCCCUGUCCUCGGUCCCCACUUCCAGCCUCCUCCCUUCCCCUCGGGAGCCUCCCCAGGUCCUCCUGCGAACAGCCCCGUCGGUUACCUGCAAGUCCAGCCCGUCCGUCCGUGUUCGUUACCGGCUUUGUUACUGGAGCAAUUUCCACCUGGAGGCCCCUCCCCAGAGAACCCUCCCUCAUCCGGAAUCCUCUACAGAGUCUCCCAUCUGUCUCCCUAGGCACCCAGGCUUGCUCCAUGCCAUAAGUCCCCCUUCCUCUAGAGGACCCCCUCACCACUUCCACGGACCUGUGCCCCAGGGCCUCAGAACUCAGCCCUGCCUGGGGGGCCCUUGAAGGAGGCUGGUCCAUCCCAGGAGGUCACAGAUCUCAGCCCUUUCCCCCAACCCUCAGGGAGCUCUGUGGGCCUCGGGGGAUGGGGGAGGAACAGAUGGGUACGAGCACAGGGGGGCACACCUUCCCUGAUUUCUCCACUCAGGCCCUUGGGAGGACACUAAUUCUCGAGGCUUGGAGAAGGGAGGGGAAAGUUUGGGCUUCCAGAGCUGGAGGAGGCACAUUUUGGACCUGUAACUUCUCACCUUCCAGCGCCCUCACUUGCCUCCACUACCUCUGAGAGCCCAGCCACGCCUUGGAGGUGGGAGGGGGGCUAUGUGUGUACAUAGUGUGUUUGGGGGCGGGGGGACGCGGGAGGGUGCAUGACUUGGGGAAAGGGUGACAGACUUUUCUACUGAGAGGGCAGCAGACUCCCUCAGCCGUGAGAAUUGGCUUUGGGGAGGAGGCCAGGAAUCCAAGGGAGUACAGCCUAUCUCCCCUGACUAUCUAGAAGGCUCAUUUUGCCCUCAGUGCCAGCCAAUCCGGGCAGGACCCUCGAAGAGGAGACCGAGGGUCCCAGAGGACCAAUGCUACAAGCCAGCAAAUGCUGCCACAUCUCUGCCUGAUGGGGA